AUGCCGGCUAAUGCUGUCCUGGCUGCUGGAGUCUUUGCGCCAGGACCUCGAGACCGCUACCUCUGUAUCCUCCCAGACAUUCUCGGCGACAGGCACGGAAUUCAUUACUACCCCAGCAAAGCUACAGGAUGGUGUUCGGGAAGAACUUCCUUUCGUAGCAACACCAAAGUGCUGACUUGGCACAAGCGCCACCAUAUCUCAAAACUCUCUCUUCGCAAGAAAAAGUCCUGCGUCAGUGUCGCCACCCAAGAAAGCGCCGCAUGCGCAGCACCACCAGCAGUACCACCAGCAGCUCUACCAACAGCUCCAACCCCAGCCUAUUCGAACCUUCCACAUGGCCAAGAGCCCUCCGAGUCGGACGACAAUUCCGAGAAGAAGCCUCUCAUCCAACGCCUUCUCAAAAAACAGCCCUCAAUACCUGCUUCGCUCAAAACGCUCUAUACGCCACAUUCCCGGUACAACUCGGCCGAGACGCUGGAGCGAGAUGUACGCGAGGAUCGGGACAACCAGAGCAUCCUCACCCGGAUACAGACAAACACUUCCACUGCGACGACGAAAGUGGGUGGGAGCGCGGCGAUCACUCCAAAGCCGUCGGAAAGUACGAUCGCAACGACCCCUGCUGCGACACCAUACCCAAGCACGACCGUCACGCCGCAGCCCAGUUCAUCGGUCAUCAGGGAGACGGCGAUCGAGCGGGAAGAAGCGUUGGCACGGUGGCGAGCAUCAUCGAACCCGAACCUCCCUGCCGUACCACCAGCCAACACGACGACGACUCCAACCCGAGAUGUCGGACCCAAACAGGUAUAUCCAGAAAGCAGCGGCCGCCACAACCGCGAGAUGGAGCACCUGCCAGAAUCACAGAGGCAGGAGGAUCAUGCCUAUCCGGCGUCGAAGCCUGGCAGUCGUGGUUUCACCCCCGUAACGGAGAGAGGCUUGGGGAGCGGGAUAGAGGCUGUACCGAGCGGCGGGCGGUUCGCGACCAAGGCGGGGAUGUUCUGGGCAGGCGUCAAGGCCAGGAUGUGGUGGCAUCGGGAGGAGAGGAAGGUGGAGAGAUUGGGGAAGAAGAUUUGA